AUGUCUGUUCAGCCCGCUGACAUUGCAUACAUACAAAUCUUUCCUCCCAUAGGCAUUGCUCGCCUAGGAGACUCUGGGUUCGAUCUGAGCACCGGAAAGUCAGAUGGCGACAUCGAUUGGUUUCUCCCUUCUGAGAUUCCUGGCACUGAAGAUAUGCCCGCUGAUCUAAAUGGCCGGUUCAGAGAUGCAAAAAACCGCAUCAAACGUCAGGCUGUUCGUUUCCGUGUCUAUGCAUAUCGCUCCGACGGCACCAUACUUGGAGAAAUCACAUCAGGAAACUCCACGGGGUACACCAUUACUUGGAGUGUUCACGUCGCUAAUCACAAAGCCUCAUACUACGAAUUCUAUGGCCAGGAUAGACUGAGGGGCGGCCUUAGGAACCCCGAUGUGCAACCUCUCUUGAGCCCUGAGAAGCGGUCGGAUUUGAUCGUCGACUCUGAAGUCCACACUGUACCUACUCCCCUGCCACGGGUAGAACUGACUGGUUCUUUUCAUGGUUCUCAACAAAAUGCAGUGACCGUUCAUCUGGGCGAAAUUCGCACAGACGAGCAAGGGCGCCUCAUCUUCAUAGGCGGAGCUGGCUACUCCUGUUCUGUCGCAAAGCCAGGUGUUCCGCACUUCCAACCCGACAUUAUUUCGGAGUUUGAUAGCAUCGACUGGGUCGACGACACCUGCGACGGCUGGGUUGACGUCACAGUCACAUAUGCAAACUUGAGCUUCACUGCACUCCAGAAGUCGACUGUCUUAAGUGCACCACCGAAGUUCGCAUGGGGUAUUCCGUCUCCCACCACGAUGUAUGACCUAAUUGCGGAUAUCUAUCACAAGAAGACGGGCUGGGAGGACCACGAGCACACACAAUUCUAUCAGGAUAUAUGGCCUGUCAUGCAUGGUGCUUAUGCACUUUCGUGGGUCAACCGUGAAGCGUACGAUGGCCAUGGCGUUUGUGGGAGGGGAAAUUUUUUGACUAUGAAAGACGAGCUAGCAACACCAGGGCCAACGACUGAGGCAACUCGACUGCUCCGCGAACACAUCUUCAACCGCCUACAACUUCCGGACUACGGAGACAAAGAUCAAGCCUCCACCAAGUAUAUGCCUCGGCUCUCAGGCAACGAUGGCGAUGCACUUGAACCUGGCCAACCCCUGAGCGAAGGUGAACCCAUAAAGCGGUUCGCCACAGUCACUAAGCUGCAGUACGAGCAUUUUGUCAAGUGGAAGAACGGUACUUUCCUCGCCGAUCCUGCACCGUGGAGCAAAUAUAAUUCAUUUGACGAAGUUCCUACGCCUCUGCAACCAUUAUUCUUGACACGUGCGGCUCUAGAGCACACGGUGGGAGAGCCGCUUUACCCAGGAAUCGAGGUGCAUUGGACUGCGAGAGAGACGGAGAUGUACAUCUUCAAUGCCCCUACAACAGACCCUCCUUUCCGCUUCAAUCAUGAGAAAUUCCCGCCUGGCCAUAUCUGCCGCGGUCUGAGUCUGCCAUGGCAGAGCGACUUUGACCAGUGCAACACCCACUGGUGGCCCUCUGCUCGUCCCGAUGAUGUGAUCAACAUCCGUGACUUUGCGUCGGAGAAAGUCGUAUCUGUGGACAAGUUCGUCAAGGAUAUCGCUCCGAAAAGGAGACAGUGGACCCGUGGCUUGCGAGAUACUCCAGAUUUUCCUACUGAGUAUUACCCAGGAAGCACAGACAUGGUUCAGCACUGGCAAAAGCUCGGCUUUGUGGCCAAAGUUCCCGAGAUAGUGAUUGGGGGAUAUAAACUGCCUGUCUGGGUGGAGAACGAGCGUAUGCACAUUGAAGAAAAACCUGUGUUCCAGCUUCCCUUCUGA